AUGGCUAAAAGAAAGGGAUUUUCAGGCCGAAAACAAAGAGAGAAAGAUAGGGAGCGGAAAAGACAGAAAAGACUUCAGCAAUCUCUGUCCUCCCAGCCACCAGAUGAUCAGAUGUCGGAGUCUGCUGUUCCUUGCGGGACAGUGGACGGAGCUGUUUCAGCUCCUCCCGGUAAUCUUCCGGGGCAAGGCUCCAUGGGGUUGCCGCCUAUUGAGGAAAAACCCCUGGCCAGGGUGCAGGCCUCACCUAGUGUGAAAAUGCACUCAAAUGCCCCGAGGUUGUCAUCUCCUCGGGGAAGUCGUCUGGAGGCCCAAAACGGGGCAUUGGCACCGACCCCUGACUCCCCAGCGUGGGUUUGUACUCCAGCGAGGGUACCUGGGCAUGUUGAUGGCUUUAAGCCUAGCCCAGCAGGUCAGACGCAGCUGGAUACCUCUGGGAUGGAGGAGACCAGUAGUACACUAAAAAAAGAUGAGGGCUUUAAAGACAGUAUUCAAACAGUUUUCUCACGUGUCUCAAAUGUAAAUCUGAACAGUAAAAAUGUGAAAGUUGAGAUGAAACAAAACAAGAACUUAGAUUAUAUGUAUGGUGAACAACAGAACAAGAACCAAGCAAAUAUGUGUAAGAAUCAGGAGAGCAAAGAGACUGAGAGUAGUUAUGAAAGUCGAGAGAACAAGAACUUAUAUCAUAAUGAAACAGUACACACGAAUGACAGUUCAAAGUAUGUUCAAGGUUCAUUUCAUCAAGGAGAUCCAUUGUUUCAAGACAAUGCAGGAACUCAGUGUGUUGCAAAUUGUUUGGCAGGGUUAUCAUAUCACAAAGUGAAAAACAGCAAGUUCUGGAAUACAGUGGAUAUGAACAAAAUUUUAAUUACUGGUGAUGAAUUGUACACUUACUUGCAAAGAAGCUCAUCAAUAAGUAAUAGGUACUUGUUGGUAGAGGAACUACCUCAACUGUAUGAAUGCUUUGAUCAUUCUUAUGAAUUUGGAACAAAUGAGACAUUAUCGAGUGUGAUUUUAUCUGACGAUGGUUUCAACUUUCUUGAGUUUGGUGCAUAUUCACUAGAUGAAGCAUUACAUCUUGCUCUUUCUGAAACUGAUGGAUGCUUUAUAUGCUUUGGUGGAAAUACAUUGUUGAUUGGUAGUUCAGGAGAUGGGUAUUUUUCAUUUGAUUCCCAUUCUAGGUCUUCAGAAGGAUUGUUAAGUAUUAACGGGAAGAGUACAAGGAUUCUUUUUCAAGAUUUAGCACAAGUGCGUCUUCAUAUUCAAUCUCUGGCUAUUUCUAUGGGGUAUUUUAGAAAUGUUGAAUGCAAUGUUACUGGUGUCAACUGUAAAGUGAAAAACAUUUUGGGGGCUAGAUGUAAUGUGAGACAAAUGGGCAAUAACGUUGAUCAUUCUGCUGAAAGUUCGAGUAAAUUUCAAAGAAAUGAAAAUGAUUCAAAAAGUGAAGAUGAGGAGUUGUGUUUUGUUUCUGUUGAGUGCGAACGGUUCUUUUUUGUUCCUCUUGUCUCUGACUUGAAACAGAAAUUAUGUCAAAAUUUAAAUCUUCCAUAUAUUUGUAACAACAGGGAAGUGGAUAGCCAUUCUCCAGUAAAGGAACUUACGGAACCUUGUUCUCGAAAAGAAAUUCUUGGUGAUGGCAAUUGCUUUUUCAGAGCUAUAUCCUUUAGCUUGACAAAUUCAGAGGAUUAUCAUUGUAUGAUUCGAAGUGCAGUUUGUAAGCAUUUGCUUGAAAAUGAGGACGUUUUCCAACCAUUUUUAAGAAAUGGAGAAAAUACUGUUAAAGAGCACAUUUCUGUCUCAUCAAUGUCACAGAAUGGGAAGUGGGCAACCGAGUUGGAAAUUUUAGCAGUGAGUCAUUUGAUGAAUAUUGACAUUUUCACAUAUACAAGAAGUCAGUGGCUGAGGUUUUCAAUGGGGAAAGCGGGUUCACCCAUAAGAGAAAGAACGGGUGCAAUAUACCUAAGUCAUGAAUCACAGAAUCAUUACAACGUAGUUACUAAUGUAUGUGAUAAGAAUGUUGAGGUGACACACGAAACACUGAGUCAUAACAAAUCUUGCAAAUCAUUUGCUCCAAAGUACAACCAAAGAAAAACGAAAACUCGUCAAAGAAUACAAUCAUAUAGAGAAGUAAUUUUUACAGAGAUAAUAGAAAAACAAAAUGCUGCUGAAAAGCGAAAGCAGUCAUUACGUAGAAAGUACCAAGAGAAUAGUGAAUUUCGGGAAAAGAAAUUAGGAGCAGCUUACACCAAGUACAGAGAUGAUGAAGAAUUUAAGUCUGCAGUCAAAGCAAGGAACCGAGAAAGGUAUAGAAAGGAUACUUUGUACAGGAGCAAAACAAAGUCUCGGAGAAAGAAAGAGUAUACAGAUAAUGAAGAAAACAGGAAAAAAUCAAUAGAAGCAAGUGUGAAAAAAUAUAUGACUAAUGCUGUACAUAAAGAGAAUGUUAAAGCCAGAAGUGUGUCGAAAUAUAAGACUAACCCUGUUCAUAAAGAGAAUGUAAAACUGAAAAGCACAGAAAAGUACAAAACUGAUGCUAUAUUUAGAGAAGAUAUCAAAAAGAGAGGAAUGGAAAAAUAUAGAAACGAUGAAUUGUAUAGGGAAAACAUGAAAAAGAGAAAUGUGAAGAAGUACAGAAAUGAUGAAAAAUACAAAGAACAAGUAAAGUUCACAAAGAGAUACAAGAAUAAUAAAAACUUCAGAGAAAAAAUUCUGUCCUCCAAAGCGAGAAAAUACAGCACAAAUGAUCUUUUCAGAUCAAAUAUGAAGGCAUGUAGUAAGAAACAGUAUAAUUCUAGUGCUGAUGCUAAGAUAUUGAAGAAAAAGUAUAUUAAGCAGCAGAGGGAAGAAAAACAAGAAAAGUUAAAAUGUGAAGACAGUGUAUUGAGAUUAUUUAAGGAAAAUUCUCUCCAAGGUAUCGAUUAUGUGUGUUGUUGCUGUCAUCGUUUAUUAUUUGUAAAUCAAGUACAAAAAUGUGGUCGUCAGCAAUAUUCUAAAAAUGAACGAGCCAAACAAGUUUCAGAUUUGUGCAUACAAGAAAAGUAUUUUCAUGAUUGCACAGAAUCUUGUCCAAAAGGCUGUACCAGGUCAUCUUUGUGGAUUUGUUAUUCAUGCCACAGAAAGAUUCUUAGUGGAAAUAUUCCAGCAGAAGCGGUAAUCAAUGAAAUGCGUCUUGAAGAUAUCCCCGAGGAACUGAGCAAUAUGAAUAAUUUAGAGCAACAUUUAAUUGCUUUGCACAUUCCCUUUAUGAAAGUGAUGGCUCUUCCCCAAGGUGGUCAAAGAAAUAUACAUGGACCUGUAGUAUGUGUGCCUUCAGACUUAAAAAAAGCCAGCAAUUUACCAUUAAAGCAUGGUGAAGAUUUAUUACUGCGAGUGAAAUUAAAAAGAAAACUUAGCUAUAAAGGGUACUUUGAGUACCAGUUUGUGAAUCCAAGACAUGUAAUUACUGCUCUUACUUACUUAAAGCAAAACAAUAAGUGGUAUGAAAAUAUCAAAAUCAAUGAAAACAUGACUGAAAACUCGACAGAAGACAACAUUAAGGAAGAAGAAAACACAGACGAAAUGCAUGACACAGGGGUCAUUAGUGAAAAUGAAGAACACCAUCAAAUUGCAGUUGAUACUUGCCUACAGCCUGUUGAUAUUGCUCAAGAAGUUCUGGAUCAUUAUUUUUAUGACAUUUACAACAUUGCACCAGGAGAAGGAAAAAAUCCAGUGCGGAUGUUGCAGGAACCAGGAAAUGAAGCUAAAGCGUUUCCCUGCCAUUUCCCAAGUGGAAAAUUUACUUGGAACGAAGACAGAAGCACAAGAAUAACACUUUCCCGAUAUUUCAAUAACAGACUUAUGAAUGCAGAUAAUAAGUUUGCAAAAGAUAGCAGUUAUAUAUUUUUCAGCCAGUUUAUGUCAGAAUUGAAUCAAGUCAUAGAAAAAACGCAGAUUUCAAUUCGAAAAUCGGUAUCAAAAAUGGGAACUGAGAAAUUAGUGACUUCAAGCAUGGUGCAAGAUCCAAAAAUUCUCUCAAAGUUGUUACAAAACGAUGAAGCAUUGAGGUUUAUGCAGCCGAUCCGAGGAACACCAGCAUAUUGGUCAGCUGCUCAAAAAGACCUUUUCGCAAUGCUCCGCCAGUUAGGUAUUCCAACCUGGUUUUGCUCUUUCUCUGCUGCUGAACACAGAUGGAAUGAUGCAAUUAGAACAAUAUUGAGACAGCAAAAUGAUGUUAGAGAUCCAGAAAACUUAGAUUGGUCUGAAAAAAAUGAGACAUUAAGAAAGAAUCCAGUGACUGUUGCAAGGAUGUUUGAACACAGAUUUCACGUCUUUCAGAGAGAUGUUAUAUCGUCUCCAGCUCAGCCGAUUGGAAAAGUUGUUGAUUACUUUCAAAGAGUUGAAUUUCAACAGAGAGGAUCACCUCAUAUGCAUUGCUUGUAUUGGGUAGAAAAUGCACCUAAACUAGACGAACAUGGAGAAGAGUCUGUUUGCGAUUUCAUAGAUAAAUAUGUUUCUUGCGAAUUGCCAUCAGAGACAGAGGAUCCAGAAUUAAGAAAUAUUGUCUUAGCAGUACAACAACACAGUAAGAAACAUUCAAAAUCUUGUAGGAAGAAAGGGACAGAAUGCAGAUUUAACUUUCCAAGACCCCCCUCUCUACGCACAUUUAUUAGUUCACCUUAUGAAGACGACAGCGCAGAAAGUGGCGAAGAGACUAUAUCUGGAAAAGACACUGCAAAACAAGUUUUGAUGCGUGUCUGGGAUGAAGUACAAAACGAGUCAAAUGAACUUAAAAGCUCUGAAGAAAUUUUUAGCAAUCUUUCAUUGUCCCAAGAACAGUACGAACAUGUGCAUAAUAUGCUGACAAAAAAGAGAUCUAUUGUCCUUCAAAGAAAUCCCAGCGAACUAUGGAUUAAUCAGUACAAUCCUUGCCUUUUGAAAUGUUGGGAUGCGAAUAUGGAUAUUCAAUUUGUACUUGAUCCAUUUAGCUGUAUUGUUUAUAUCAUUUCGUACAUUUCAAAGUCAGAGAGGGAAAUGGGGAUGUUAUUGAAGCAAACAAAGCUAGAGGCAGAAGAAGGAAAUCUCGAUGCACGUAAUACCUUGAAGAAAAUAGCAUCAGCGUAUUUACACCAUAGAGAAGUUAGUUCACAAGAAGCUGUGUACAGAGUAUGCAAUUUAAAGAUGAAAGAAUGUUCUAGAAAAGUUGUGUUUGUGCCUGUAGGUGAAAAUCCGACCCGAUUAAGUAAACCACUUUCCCAGCUAAAAAGACAGAAAGGGGAACAGCAUGACAAUGAAAGCGAUCAAGAUGAUGAUGAAAACGAGAUCUGGAUGACCAAUGUAAUAGAGAGAUAUGAAAAUCGACCAAAUAAACCACAGUUUCAUGACAUGUGUCUAGCAGAAUUUUGCUCAACAUACAGAGUCUUGGCUAAAUCCCAGAUUCCAAAAACUGAAAAUGAACAUGUAUUCGAAUUACAAAAUUCAAAGGGGUAUAUACAGAAGAGAACAAGAACACAGCCAGCUGUUAUAAGGUAUCCAAGGUUCAGUGCAGAAAAGAUGCCCGAAAAAUAUUACCGGUGUUUAUUGCAGCUUUUUCUUCCAUAUUGGAAUGAUUCACAGCUAAAACCACCAGGAUUUGAUUUAUACGAGGCCUUUUAUGAAAAUGGUCACAUAAGAAUCAAAGGUAAAAAACGUAUCGAGUCUGUAAAAUCAAUAGUUGACGUAAACCAUGCAAGAUAUGCAGAAAAUGAGGAUGUGAUUACUGAAGCUCAGGAGACUUUUGAAAGCAUUGGAGAACCAGAAGAUGCUUGGGCAAGCCUUUGUCCGGAGUCAGAAGCAAUGAGGCAGGAAUGUAUCGAAGAGAAAAAAGAACUCCACAGUCUAGAUGAUCAAAUUAAAGAAGCAAUUCCUGAUAUUCAAAGUCAGACAAAUUCUGAUGUGCUUUAUCAAAUUCAGCAGAAUAACCAUUCAAAGUAUGAAGCAUUAUCCAUUCUGAAAAGUCUUAAUGGAACACAAAAGGAGGUAUUCUACCAUGUACGUGACUGGUGUAUAAGAAAAAUUGCUGGAGAUAAACCCGAUCCACUCCAUAUUUUCCUAACUGGAGGAGCAGGUACAGGAAAGAGCCAUGUCAUAAAGGCCAUAGAGUAUGAGGCAACACGAUUAUUUUCUCGGAACAUGUCGUCACCAGAUAGUUUUUCAGUACUACUGUCAGCUUUUACGGGAACUGCAGCAUUCAACAUAGGUGGGAAUACGCUUCAUCAUUUAUUUUCCUUGACAAAGUAUUUGCCAUUACCAUACCAACCGUUGAAAGAACAAAGUCUAAGCGAGAUAAGGGUUCACCUGAAAGACUUGCAGAUUCUUGUGAUAGAUGAAGUGUCUAUGGUUUACAAAAGACUUCUUUAUUACAUUCACGAAAGGCUCGUUCAAAUAAAGAAGUGUAAAGAACCGUUUGGCGGUGUAAGCGUUAUUGCUGUAGGAGACUUUUACCAACUCCCUCCAGUUAAACAGCGAAAGGAUGAGAGACUUUUUAAAGAAAAUACUUCGUAUCCUGUGGACUAUUGGCGAGACUUCUUCCAAGUUGUUGAACUUAGUGAAAUUAUGAGACAGCGUGAAGAUAUACCAUUUGCGGCAGCUUUGAACUCUCUCCGCAUUCGAGAAGCAGAUCAACCAUUAUCAAGUGAAGCACAAGCUAUGAUACAUGAUUGUAUAAGAGAGGGUCCAGAGGAUGUUCUUCAUGUAUAUCCAACAAACGAAGAAGUUAACAAUUACAACCUCUCCAUGUUAAGGAAAAGCUGCGAGGAUCUAAUCGAAAUCAAUGCAAAAGAUUACCAGAAAAAUCCAACAACUGGAAAACUUAUUUUGAGAGAAAAACCAUUCACAAGCUCAAAAACAGAUUCCCUUUGCAGUACGUUACUCCUGGCUAUUAAUGCGAGGGUGAUGCUUACAAGAAAUAGUAAUGUGGAAGACGGACUGGUAAAUGGAGUGAUGGGCUACAUUUCUCACAUAUCAUUUGAAAAAGAAUCAUCUAACAUUUCAGCUAUAGGAGUGGUUUUUGACAACAAAAAUGUUGGUAAAAAAUCGGGUAAACAAACACAAAAGGGAAAUGUAGUUUUAGUACAGAGAGUUCAGGAAGAGAUUGUUGAAAGAAAAUCAAAGACAUUUGUAAGACAUCAAUUUCCCUUGCGAUUAUCCUGGGCAUGCACCGCUCAUAAAGUACAGGGAAUGACAGUUGAAAAAGUAGUGGUUAAUUUAGACCGAAUGUUUUCACCAGGACAAGCGUAUGUUGCACUGACAAGAGUAACAUCAAAAAAUGGUCUGUUCAUCGAAACCAAUAAUGUCCAAGCAUUGCAAAAGAAAGUUUAUGCUGAUCCAGAAGUGAAACUAGCUCUCGCUGAAAUGCCCAAAGCAAAGCUUUCAACAUCAAAUACAGAAGAAAUGGGCUCAAAUACAAUUAUUCUACACAAUGUCCAAAGUUUGACUGGUCAUUUUUCUGAUUUAAAGCAUGACGUUCGAUUUUAUGGAGCAGAAGUUAUUUGUUUGACUGAAACCUGGUUAAGACCUGAUCAAAUCACAACAGAAUUUGACUUGGAAGGAUUCUCCUUUUAUCAUACACCAAGAGGAGAUGUAUAUGAUGAAUACAAUGAACAAGUACAAAAAUUCAAAGUUUCUAAGGGUGGUGGUGUAGCACUUUACAUUAAACGAAAUCAAAAUCAGAAAAUAGUGUGUCGGCUGCCAGUGAAGAAUGUGGAAGGAAUGGCAGUGACAUUUGUUGAAAAUGAUACAGUUGUCGUUACUGUGUACCGUCCCAGCAAUCUUGGUGUGGCUUACUUUUUAGAGCAACUUCAAAAAAUAAUAGAAUAUUUUAGAUUGCAAAGCAGAAAUGUCAUCUUCGUUGGGGAUUUCAAUGAGAACGCAAGAACCCUAGGCCCAAUUCAGACUUUUAUGAAUAAAGAAGGAUUUCAACAGCUUGUUCAAUUUUACACAACUGAAAGUGGUACCAUACUUGAUCACGUUUACGCGUCUGGACCCAUCAAGGUGAAUGUUGAGAGACUGCCAACGUAUUACAGUUACCACGAAGCUUUAAGUAUAACCUUCAUUACAAAUGGAUAA